AACAAAAUGACCUGCCGAUUUCGAGGUCUGUUGUAUUCGAAUCAUCCGCGCCGGUGAUCUGUGGUGUUGCUCAAUUUCUCGAUCCAUCAUGAAAGUUUUGAUCGUUCUAACCAUUGUCCUGGGCGUGUCUUUUGCUCAAAGACGCGCAGCACCGCAAGGUUUCCAGAACGAACAACUUGAUGAGCAAGCGCUUCAACAAGCCGGACAACAACCAUCAAUUUCGAAUGCCAGACAGAAAGAACUGACCACUCCUAUUCCUAUCAUUAGAUUCGAUAAGGAACAAGGAAAUGAUGGUUCAUAUAAAACUUCGUGGGAAACUGGUAACAACAUAAUUGCUCAAGAAGAAGGUUACCUGAAGGACUUGGGACCAGAUCCAGAAGAAGAAGGUGCCGUGCUUGCCGCUCAAGUGCAACAAGGUUCCUAUUCUUACACCGCUCCCGAUGGUCAGCUUAUUUCUGUGAAUUAUAUUGCUGAUGAAACUGGAUUCCACGUGACGGGUGACCAUUUGCCAACACCGCCACCGGUCAGUGCUGAAGUACAAAAAGGUUUGGAUUUGAUUUAUGCUGGAAUUAAGGCACAACAAGAAGCAGAUGAAAGGGAAGCUAAACAAAACCCACAAAGAUUAUAAUAAUAAUUUUUAAGUUAUAAUUAAAUACUUAAGUGAGAUAUUUGAAAGACUUUUUUGUGAUGUAUUCUCAUAUUAUAUAUGUGCUUGUUUUUGAAAAUUUUAAAAAUUAUCUAUUUGUAUUAAAAAAAGUUCGGAUCUAGUCCACUGUUUUAUGAAUGUUUUUUUGUAAUUUGUGCUAUCAAAAAUCUUAUGAAGAGUACAACCUCCUGCUAUAAUUAUGUUACCAAUUAUUAGGAUUUUUGUAAGAAAAUAUAAUUUUUUUUAGUAUGCAAUUAUCAUUGAUUGAUUGAUUUGAAAGGGG